AUGGACACAGACACAGGCAUGCACCAAAACCAACACAACAACCAGCACAACAACCAACAGUUCAAAACCCUGCACAACAACCACCUCCACAACCAGCACAACAACCAGCACAGCAACCAACAGUUCAAAACCCUGCACAACAACAACCACAAACAGAGCAAGGACAUAAAAGAAGUAGAGAACAAGGAAACCAAGAAUUCUUAA